GGUGGGGAAGGACAACGGCAAAAGCAACGGGGGGCUAUCGUAAAACCAAAAGGCGGGAACCUGAGGUAAUUUAGGCGGGAAACGGGACGGCCUUGAGGGAAGGCGACCGAGUCACGACAAACUCGACAAAACAACAACAAACUCGACAAAACAUAAUAGAUCUAAGAGUGUGUACCACCAGUCGCACCUCAAAUGAAGUUGAAACAUGGAGAAAGGCUUCCUAUAGAGCAGGGUGGGAGUUGACAUUUUCAGGCUCAAGGGCCACAUUUGCCCUUGGCCAACCCCCUGAGGAAUGCAUGUCAGCAAUAUGUGUGGCCAUCUUGCACUCACACAUGCUCACAUACAGGGAGACCAUGAACAAGCUGUCUCCCCUCCCCAGCUGGUCUGUGCAGAUCAACUGAGGGGGAGGGGGGUCACAUCUGCAUUCAUCAAAUGAUCAGGGAGAAGGUGAUUGUCCCCAUCAGGUUGCUCAGUUCCACCCACCCCAGCACUGUCUGCUUUAGUUUCCUUUCUCCUGUCUCUGCCAAAACUAGUGAGAGCUUAAUAAUUUGUUUGGGCGGACUGUAUCAGACCCCUGCUCUAAGAUUGAAAUACGCAGUCAGCUUCAUGUAAGAGGAGAUGACCACUUAGAUAUCCUGAUUCCAUAACAGAUCCUGUGAUAUUGAAUUCUGACUGAAUUCUCAAUAACAGAUACGGUACAAGAUAAAAUAGUAUCUUAGUAUCUUACAGUAUUUUCCCUGUCUUAAAUUCAUACUGUGUUUUAUGUGGUGAAUUAAACAAAAAAAUAUUUUAUGGCAGUUACUCUGAUUAUGGCACCAUCAGGAAGAAAAUCUGCAGGAAAAACUGCUAAAUUGGCACAGGAAGAUCCAAUUCAUGCCUACGACUUUGAAGAACAUACCAAAAAACAUCUGAGUGGCUCUGAAGAGGAUGUUAGAGAAGAUGAAACUCCAAUAAUUGAUAAACAUGGGAAAAAAAGACCUUCACUGAAUCCUCAUCCUGUAGUUGAAGAUGAAGUUGGAGGAGAAGUCCAGAAUAUGCUGGAAAGAUUCGGAGCGGACAUUAACAAAGCUCUUCUGGCUAAAAGGAAAAGAUUAGAAAUGUACACUAAAGCUUCUCUCAAAACAAGCAACCAGAAAAUAGAACAUGUUUGGAAAACACAACAAGAGCAAAGGCAGAAGGUCCAACAUGAGUAUUCUCAGCAGUUCCUGCAUGUAUUUCAACAGUGGGAUGCUGAUAUAAAGAAAGCUGAGGAACAGGAAGAAAAAUUAAUGAACCUGUUUCGGCAACAACAAAAAACUUUGCAACAAGCAAGAAUAGUUCAGAGUCAAAGACUGAAAACAGUUAAACAGCUGUAUGAGCAAUUUUUGAAGAGUAUGGAAGACAUGGAGAAGACUCAUGAAAGUCUUUUAGUAGGUGCACAAAAUGAACUUCGGAAAGAAAUGGCUAUGUUGCAAAAGAAGAUCAUGAUGGACACUCAACAGCAAGAGAUGGCAACUGUUCGCAAAUCUCUUCAGUCCAUGUUAUUCUGAUGGCUCAGUGGAGAAACAACUUGUACCUAAGUAACAUGAUACAAUUAUAUACAUUAGCCAUAUGGGGAGGAAGAGCCAGUAUUUUAAACGCCAUAUUAAAAAUUGCUAUAUUUGAAUACCUUACAUUCAGCUCUGAUAUAAAAGAAACCGACAGCUCAUUGCUGCUUAGCAACAGGAUAUGCUAAUUUCCCCCUGUCUCUCUCAAAGUACUCCUAAUGGUUUUUAAUAUUAAUACAUUUGCAUCAAUCUUUUUUCACCUCUUAAAUUCAGAAUCUAGAUCCCAGGGUUAAGGUACCUUUUUGAAAGUUCAAGAUACCUACAGUUUGUCAGACAAUUAAAUAACAUUAUUAUCAGAUUAAUCUGAAAUAGUGUUUGGUACGAAAACAAAUUGCAUGUACUAUGGGAUUCAAGGCCUAAUUAAAAAUGGUGUACUUGCAGCAGAACUAUAUAAAAUGUUUCAGCUUACUACCAAGAAAACAUUUCAUUCUUGAAUACCAACCAGAGUAAUAUGUGUUAAUCUGAAAGUUGAAGGAGACGCAUAAGAACUUCCUUAGGAUUAUAAAAUAAAAUGUACAUGUUGCUAGUUUUGGAUUUCCUUUAUUAUAAGGCACUCUUAGUAAUUUUCCAGUUUCAUGGUCUCAGCGUAAAUAAAAUGUUCUACUUUUUUUGAGGGAAGAUAGUCUACCAGCCUCUAAUAUUAUCAGUAAAUUCUGAAUAACUAAACAAAGAUAGAGGCUUACACUCUACAGUUCAGGAAAUCAAGCAAGUACCUAUCUCCAAAAACUAAAUGAAAUGUUUCUUUCCCCUCCCAAAUCACAAAAAAGUCCGUCAUUGAGCUUUGUUUUGUUUUGUUUUAAAUAAAAGCAUAACCAUAUUUUCAUACUGUAAAAACACUGGUAAUUCAAGCAUUACAAAUGAAACAAAGUUUUCAUUACAGCAACUUAGAAUCACAGUUUUAACUGUUUGAAAUGUAGCAAUAA